GUUGAUUUCAAUGAGUUAGUUCGUGUAACUGGAAUUACAGUCAUGGGACGAGCUUCUCAGUAUGUUAAAUCUUUUCGUAUUCAUUACGAACGUGAUGAGAAAUGGCGUACAUUUCAUCCAAACAGAGAUUUUCAAACCGUAAGUAAAAGCGUGACACUAUCGUUUGCCUGUACCUUUGCAUUCCAGCCGGUUAUUACAGUUCGAGUGUAGAUAUUAAUCUUUAAUCUUUAAUCUUUAAAAUUCUUUAAGCGCGGUAGCCAUUCUGCAUGCUACGCUGAUUUUCAAUGGCCGUGCACACUAUACAACAUAUAUUAACCUAAUACUAUAAUACAAAAUAGUGAAGCCUACAUACUGGUCAGCUUCGCCUAUAGUAUAUACUAAUACAUUAAACUACUAAUUAUUUUAAUUAUAGUAAAUAUCUACUGAUAUUACUAACCCAAGGGGACUUAAUCGGUUCUGUAGUGAUUGAUGAGCAUAGAUUUAGCAACAUUUAGUGUGAUAUUUUCGACGUUUUGUCUAAUGUUAUCCGGGAGAUUGUUCCAAGAUUUUGCCGCUUUAUAUGAGAACCAUUGUGGAGAAAAUUUAUUUUAGGUUUCUCAAGGGAAAGUUGGCAAAAGUUACUUCUCAAGUUGUACGUUUCGUUUGAACAGAAAUUAAACAUUUCUCUGAGAUAAUUCGAAGAAUUAACAGUAAGUGCUUUAAAAGUAACAAUAUUUUCUCUAAUAGAUAAGCUUUUAUGGAUUGGUAUCCAAUCAAGUUUUUCAAAUAUUUCAUUGGAUCGUACUUCGUAUGAAGCGCCGGUUAUCAUACGUGCCGUUUCUUUUGAAGUUUAGAUAGCUUUGUAAGUUUACUUUUGUAGCCAUCGCGAUCGUUCCAAACAGUGGAACAGUAAUAGAAAUUCGGAAUUACAAAUGCAUUAUACAUUUUGUUAAGGAUAUGCUCAGGCACAAACGAAUUAGCUCUCCUUAAUAAAGCAAUAUUGUUUGAAAUCAUUUUAUUUUGUUCAUCGAUAUGCUUGUUCCAAGUUAGAUGUUCAUUUAAAAUUACACCAAGCGUCUUUUUAUUGGGUACACGCUUAAUAACUUGAUUACCAAGUUUAAUUAUGGGGUCCUGUUCAAAUGACGGGACUCGCUGGCGUGAACCUAUUAUCAUAAAUUCAGUUUUCGUUUCGUUUAGUGUAAGUUUAUUUGCAAUGAGCCAUUCGUUAACAUUCAGAAGAUCAUGAUUAAGUUUUGACUCAAUUUCAUCUACGGUUGGAGCACUGAUGGAAAGAGUUGUAUCGUCUGCAAAUAAUCUAGCCUUAGUAGUUUGGAGACAUCUGGGCAAGUCGUUAAUAUAUAAGAGAAACAAAAACGGCCCAAGGUUGGAUCCCUGUGGAACUCCAAAAUUAAGUUCGUUUACAUUUGAUUGCUUACCGUUUCCUGUUACUAAAAUAAGAUCUAAACCAUCUCAGACUAGUUUCGCUGAUACCGUAAAGCUCUAAUUUGGAAAGUAGUAUGUUAUGAUUGACUGAGUCAAACGCUUUUUUAAAAUCCAGAAACAAAACCCCGUUCAAUAAACCAUUAUCCAUAUUAUGAAGCCAAUCGUUUGUUAAAUCAAGUAAAGCGGUUUCCGUGGAUUGGUGCUCUCGGAAACCUGACUGAUUUUUAGUUAUUAUAUUGUUAUUCAUCAUGUAGGUUUUAAGUUGAUUACAUACUAAUUUCUCAAACAGUUUGGCUAUAAUGGAAUCACAGAAAUCGGUCUAUAAUUGCCACACUCAGUUUCUACACCAUCCUUAAAGAUUGGUGAUACUUUAGCCAAUUUCCAGUCAUCAGGGUAAAUUCCUGUUUGUAAGGAUAGAUUAAAAAUGCUACCCAAUGAAUCAAAUAGUAUAUCCCCAGCAGCUUUCAACAGUUUAGUACUUAUACCAUCGAUUCCUGGUGAUUUUUUAGUCUUAAUUUGAGCAAGGGUGUCGGACAGUUCAGAGGCAUUGAUGUUUUUGAAGCAAAAAUAAUUUUUAAUAGGAGAUACAAAUCGCAAUUUUCAGCGAGUUCAGGCCCAAUUGUAGCAAAAUAGUCAUUGAAACAAGCCGCAAUAUUUUGAUCUCCCAUAAUAAUACGAUUGUUCAUUUUUAACUAAUUUACUUCUGUAGUUUUAAAUUUCUUGUUUAAUAAGCUAUUUAUUGUCUGCCAGCUAUCGUAGCUGUUCUUUGUGUUUCCAAGUUUUGUUUUGAAAUACUCUGCUUUUGUGGAUUUGAUAAGGCUAAGAACAUAAUUUUUAUGCCUUUUGUAAGCCGUAUCGUAAUAUGCAGAUUUAAUUUUAACUGCUUGCUUCUUAAGGAAGUCCCUAUGGUAACAUUGUUUUUUGAAAUGCUCAGUAAGUCAUGGUUUGUAAUCACUUUUUACACGACGUUGUCAAGUAGGCGCGUGUUUCUCAGCAACAUGCAAAAGUCUAUUUUUCCAAUCAUGGCACAUGUUGUUUGGGUCAUCCGUAAUAAUAUUAGCAGCAAAGAUAUUUCUUAAAUCCGUUCUAAAUUCAUUAACUCUAAAAUGUUUGAAUUGCCGACUAAAUAUUAUUUUAGGUGGCUCCUUUGGUACACUGACUUUACGGAAUAUGUAGACUAAGUUAUGAUCACUGAUGCCCAGUUCAACAACCUCCGCUUCUACUGUCUUAUUGUCUUCAAUCGAACUGAUAAUGACAUCGAUUAAUGUUUGAGAGUUAAGAGUUACUCUAGUAGGACUUUGUAUAUGUUGUUUCAGGAGAUAACUGAAUAUCAAAUAUAUCCAACAAUCGAGCCGUAGACGCAUUUUUAUCUGGUUGUAAUAGAUCGCAAUUCAAAUCUCCUGUAGUAAUUAAUUCCUUAUCCUCAAUAUCAACGAGUUUAAAGAAUUCUUCAAAGAGAUUGAAUAUUUCGAUUUUAGAAUUGGGUGGUCUAUACCAAGUGGAAACUAAGAACGGCUUGCUCUUAGGUUUGUUGAUCUCAACCCAGAUUUGUUCAAUUGACUCAGGAAAUAAGUCAUUCCGAUUAGUAAAUGUUAUACAACUUCGGAUGUACAUUGCAACACCCCCUGCGUUUCUGUUUCUGUCAAGUCUAACAAUAUCAUAUCCUGAGAUUUUGAUCUCAGAAAUUGGUAUGCUAUAUCAUCAAGUCUAUAGUUUCAUUAAGUGUCAAAAUAUGAAAAGGUUUGUCAUGCAUAUAGAUUAAAAAUUCAUCAAAAUGUUUUAUCAAACUAGCAAUAUUUAAAUGGGCAAUUCUGAACCCCCCUAGUUUAGGCAAAAGAAAUGCGGUGUUUGGUAACGGUUUUUUUCUGUGGACGUGCGUUAUUGGCAUUUUGAUACUCUAUGGUGCGACUAUUAUUAAUAGACAGUCAAUAGAUAACUUUUAAAAAGUCAGUAAAAUUCUUAGCUAAUGCUAUAGUUCCUUGUUUAUUAAGAUGAACCCCAUAUGGAUUCAAAUGUUUUUCUACGAUAUUUUUUAUGACUUAUAUGUUCGCAUUUAUUAUUCUUGCAUACCUGCAAUAGUUUGGAAUUAACUUCUUUGACUUUUGCGCUAAUCUCUGGAUCAUCAUUUCUUAUUAUCACUUCAGAUAUUAUUAACUUCGUUGUGGGUACGCUCUUUUGGAUCUCUUGACCCAAAUUAGCUAUUGAUGUAGAUAUUCGACGAGGAGAGCUUUGCUUUAUAGAUCAUUGGUGCCAACGUGAAGUACCAAAUAAUCCGGUGCUUGUUUUAACGUUGGUUUGACGUAAUAGUGCUUGUCAGACACUUUUGCACCGGGAAAUAUUUUUACAUGGACGUUUUGCUUUAUACUUUUUCGUAGUUUUGAGGGGCUUACGUAUUUGAUCAUUGAAUCACCAACAAUGGCUACUUUGACUGGGCGUCCUAUCUUAGUUGGGCUGCUUUGUUUUGUCCGAGUUAAUAAACUUAGACUUUGUCUUCGACGAAGCUUCGAUUUGGUCUAGCAUAGGAGAUACUUUCCGAGCCUCCUUGCCUUCCGUCCUUACGGGCAUUUGAGAUACUUGGCUUGUAGCAUUAACCAAUUCCGCGUCUUCGAUAUGUUCAUCAACAUUAAGACCGGAAAAUCGAUUAUGGGUUGAUAUGUUCGAGAUCACUUGGUCACACGUUGGAUGUUGUUGCCCCAGUGACAGUGAUUCAUCUGAAUAAAUUUGUUCCACUUGACUGGCGUUAAUCUGAUCUUCAUUCCUUCCUUCUCUUUAUAUAAUAGCUUAAUAGCCGUAAUAGGGCUGGCUUUCUCUUCCUCAGCUGACUUUGCUUUAUCGUUUAAAUCUACUAUGAUAUGUUUCAUAGUUAUAUUUUCCUUACGUAAUUCAGCAUUGGUUUUACACACAUCAUGCAGCUUCUCUUUCCUUAAUUCGUCAAUUCUACUUUCUAGAACCACAAUUGAGUAUGCUUUACUUAUUUUACUUUCUUUAAUGUUAUUUAUUUCAAUUUUUAGGUUACCCAAUUUGUUAGAUACUUUCUCAGCAAAGCUCUCCAGCUUAAAUUUCAAUGCUCCAAUUUCAGACUCCGGAUUAUAAUUUUUAUUCGAGUCUCCCAUACGAGUAUAGGAAUGAGGCACUCUAUGCAAAUUCAUUGGUUCUUUAUGCAAAUUUACACUUGUUGACAUGUUUGUGUUCGUUUCUUCCUUUGAACUUGGAGCUUCAUGAAUAAUAUUAUUACUGAAUUCAAAAUGUCGAUUUAAAACCUUCACAGGAUUACCCUCUUUAGUUGAUAUAUCUUCGGUUUUUUCAAUAUCACUCAUAUCCUCAUCCUCGCUAGCUCUCUCGUUGGUUGGUAUAUCUUUAGUUUUAUUAAUAUAAUUUAUAUCUUCAUUCUUGCUGGCUAACAAAUGGUAUGUCUCACUUCAAUUUUUCAAAGUGCCAAAAGUGCCCUUUUUGUGUUCAAAAAUGGCUUUACGGUACCUGCUACUGUAACGUUGCUGAAAAGACGUUUUGAACAUCGAAGGUGUCAUUUUUGUUUCCUAAACACAUUCGCGAAGGCAAGUUAUAUUAUUUUGUUAAUAUACUACUCUUAAGUCAUGUAAAUGAAUCGAAUGAAAGACCUUUGUCGGAAAUUUUGAUAUUUUUAAAGAUCAUGUUAUUUACUCAAAGCAGGCGAAUGUCUUAAACAUUCAUUGUAAAAUGCAUUUCGAAAUGUGUGCAAAUGUAUUAAAGUAGGAAUUCUUUAGCGCCCUUUUCAUUAUUCAAAACUUUGGAAGCAGGUUUUCUCCCUGCUUGAUAUUUUGACGCUUCCUACGCCCCUGCUAUCGCACCUCUGCUAUACCCUUUGUCUUUUUUGUGAUACUGUCCAGGUCUAAUGAAAACUAAUGAUAAUAACGUGAGUCAUCCAAAGAAAAAUUUAUAACUAACCGUUUCAACAAUCGCAGCAGUAUACGUAACACUGGCCAAUGCGUGCUGUUUAACCAUGCUAUUGGAAGAAUUGUAACGUAAAUCUUAAUUUUUUAAUCCUAAAUGGCGAUAUUUUUCUGUACGUACGUUCUGAACUAAUAUAUUGAUACAUGUAGGUGAUACAACAGUAUUCGGCAAAUGUUGCAACCAGGACAUUCAAGUAUCCAGUAAAAGCCGAUGGAUUAUCUAUUACUCCUGUCACUUGGUAUGGAGAUCUGAUUUGUAUGAAGAUACGACUUCAUGGAUGUGCUUAUGGUAAGAGCGCCACAUCUAGCAUAGGAUGUAUAAAAAUAGUAGACAGUUAAGACAAUUCGCCACAUUCCCCAUCAAGGGCGCAAAACGUCAACUUUUUUCCAUUUUAAAUUUUCACUCGUAUUUUUUUAACAAUUGCUGCAUAACAUAGUUAUUAGUAAAACCAUAAAUGAAUCAGUCGUGCGUUAUAUAAUAUGUUGCGCAGACCGGAAAUAAGUCCACGCUUUAGAGGUUUGGGUUGGACUUACUAAAACCAACAAAAACUCGUUUUGGGUAGCUUUACGCACGACUUGAUACUGAACUUCCUAUCAAUAGUCAGGGUGCAUAAAUCAAGAUAGAAAGGUUUAGUAGAUUAUUUGCGUUGGGAACAUUUUCAAUAAAUAUACUGGUAGGUUUUGGGUCUUCGGAUAUGAUACAAUUUAUUAGAAUGCAGAAUUUCUGAUAAGAAACUGGCUAUUUUUGCAAACCACAUUAAUAAAACUGGCUGCAUGUCACAAUUUACUGCCCGCGGUUCACUAGUAAACUGGAAACAAGGAUUAAUUGAUGGACCCAUUGCUUUGUGAGGGUUGAGUUUUUUCAAUUUCUUACAAACCUGAUAAGAAUACAUAUAACCGGUACCUGCUCAGCGGCUGGCAAAAAAAGCUGGUAACUCGUGCAUAUCAAGGAGAGGAAUAUCUGCAUUCACGGCGAUAUAUAAUUCUUUUAAGGCGUUUCCUAAUUGAACGUCGAUCAAAGUUACAAAGUUACCAAUAUAUAUUGGCGCUAUAUUAUUCGAUUGACCAGCUAUUUGCUUCACGAGCUUCCACCAGGAUCUAGUUUAUUCCUUUUGUUGCUUUAAUUUACUGCGUAAAACAUACACUGCUUUCUUUAUCAAUGAAAUGUUUGCUAAAUUACGCUGUUUAAUUUAAGAAAAGAGGUAAAAUGUAAAGGAGAGCAAAUUAAUUUGAAAACCGAACUGAAUUUACUCAACAAUUUAAACUUAUAUUUUUCAAGAAAAGACCGUUUAUCGGAAAAAGAAGUUUAUAGUUUAAUAUUAAAAUGAACAUUUCAAAACAUUUUACAAAGCGAUUCAGGUUACAUUUUACAUAUUAAAUCAAAGCUCACAAAAUGCAGAACAACAUACCUACAGUAUACAUUGCUCGGAAAUUCAUUUUAUAUAGUUAAAAGCAAUAAUCUUUCAACUAUUUUUGGCGUGUUAUACGAAAAAUAUAAUAAAAAUUAAAUUUAUCGUGUUGCCAUGCAGCCAUGGCAACAUUGACGUGAACGCGAGCCUGCGUUCAGUGUUGAUCAAUGACUAAUACUUCAUGUUAAAUCAAUCUUUGGAAAAUCAUGCGAGGGGUUACUGCAUGCAUGUAUUUCUAGUAUAUUACAUACCUUUACUGAUAAAUAUGUAGAGGAUAUUACACAGCGGCGCGAAGAUAUAACUUUUUAUCUUCAUGUGUUGAAAACAAUGAAACAUGGCGAUUGAAAUGACCAAAACAUUAUAUAGUUCACUUGUUCGUGUGGUGGCGCCUGCUUUUUGAGAAAUAUAGAAACAUUUGACUUGUACAAGUUUGAAUAAUUUCUUUUGAGCCGCAUAACGUGAUAAACAAGCCGAAUCAUGCAUGAGGUAUCAUCAACCGACGAAUAUGAAAUGCUCAAUGUUCGAUUAUGCAAUUACUUUAUGGUUUCCGAGUUUGGAUGGCCUGAUCCAAACACGCGGGAAUGUCGCGAGAGUUAACAACAGCACGCGAAAUCACGAGCCGAAAGCGAGUAAUUUCGCGCGCUUUCUUUAACUCGAGCAAGUUGUUUGGUUUUCGCCAGCCUAUACCCACCAGUUUUACAAUGCGUCCAUUUUUCAAACGUAUUUACCUGUUCAAUGUAUCCUCGUCUCUAUUUUUCUUUAUUAGUAUGUCAAAGUCAGCUGUUCAUAGCCUCUUCCGAAAGAAUAAAAGACAAAGUGAUAACGGCGUCUUCAGCGAACUAUCAAACGAACGGACCAAAACAAACAGCAAUACAUGGGCUUGCCUGGUGUGCAGAGGUAUGCGCUUUCCGAACUUUUUCGAUCAAAUUAAAGGUGCCAAUUGUAUAAAGAUAGUACUCAAAUACAGCUAGUGGGAACGACAACCAACCCGAAUUGCGUAUUUAAGCUCGAGUUAGAUGCAAUUUAACUAGCUAAUAAAUGGGGUUAAGAAGCAGUAAAGCUUUCUUGCACGCGUUUUUUAAUCAUUGCUCCUUCCUCUUCUUCUAUAUUUUUUGAAUCACUAACAUGACCUCCCGUACUUAACCAUGACUCCGCCAUUAUUGGAGAAUUUUAGGCUUUCCUUUCGUGGAGAAUAAAUAGCCGAGCGGAAUUUGUGCCCUCGUACCGGGCUGCCGUCCGGAAAGCCGGCCCUCGCCCCAUUGGUUCGCGGAUUAUUUAUUCAAUUAUAAAUAAAGUUGGUGUAGUAUGGGAAAAUAAUGAUCGGAUAUUUUUCGAAUUUAUUAUGGCUGUUGGUUUACUCUCUUGCUUUUACUUAUAAUCUUCACCUGUUUUAAAUGUUAUUAAUCCUGACAUUAUAUAUAGGACUACAUACAAAAGAUUCACUACAUAAAAAAUUGCCAGAAAUUAUAAAUCUAUCAAUAAAUAAACAAAUUCACUUUACUUUAUUCUACUUUCAGGAAAACAAUAAGAACCAGUGGAUUCAGUUUAACGCUGACAAUAAAAGCGUAAUUUCUGCUGUUAUUAACAUUUGGUGAUCGAAAAGAAAGUUAUGUGAAGAAAUAUUCCAUACAAUUUGGUGAAGAUGGAAAAACCUGGACUGAUUAUAUGCAGCAGCGUGUUAAACGUGUACGUACGCGUCUGUAAAACAAAAAAAGUCUUUUAUCCAAGCAUUGCGCUACGUAGCGAAAGAUAGAUAAUCGUCGAGUUCUGCAAAAGGGUAUUAUCGAGUCUAGCGUUUCUUGCCGAAAGCAUACCAAUACAAAAUGGCGAAAAUUUAGGUUUUGACAUUGCGCCAGGCUAGCACGUAAUUUUGAGAAAUGUGGUGUUUCCAAGAUGCUCCUGGCAAGCGUGAUUUCAUGUUAUCAAUUUGCUACAAGUUUUCUCUCACAACUUGUUCACAAGUCGUCGAAUUGCAGAACGAUAGCAAUCUGUCGGAGAAACUUUGUAGCAACCGUGUUUAAUCCAGCAACAUUGUAACAGCAUUGAUGAUCGCUUGAAUUCAAGUGCUACUCCUGCCGAAUCUUUGAUUUGGGAUCUGAUGCUGAUUGAAUUCAAAGUUUCAAACGUAAUAUAUUUUUUAUAUUUGUAGAAACAUGCAUGGACAGAAGUGAUAACUUUUUUAUUUUGAUGAUGAUAUUACCGCGCAGUUGUGCAGACGGCGAAAUUCGGCUAAUCAUGUCCAGUAAAAUUACAGUAUUUCAAACACUUCAAACAGUUCUCCCUUUGUUUGUUCAGCAAUAUAAUCGAUCAUUUUAUCAAAUUAUUUAUAUUUUAGAUUUUCAAAGGCAAUAACGACCCCAAUGGACCAAUGCGACAUAAACUAGCCUACCCAAUCGAAGCUUCUCAUAUUCGAAUAAUCCCGAUCGCUUGGAAUAAGAAUAUUUGUAUGAGAAUUUCCUUACUUGGAUGCGAAGCAGGUGAGUAUCAAGAUAUGAUGUCGGUUGCCAUGCUUAAAUAUGAAGCCCACGUUACGCUUAAAUUCUACAAUUGCAUGCUUAAUUAAUUUGAUACGGGGGGCCUCAGGACGUUCCGUUACGCAACUGCUUGCUACUUUAAUUUAACUGCCUACUUGAUUUUACAUAUAAUAUUUUAAUUAACUACUUCUUUAGCGUGAGUUUUCCCAUUUUUUUAGAUUGCGGCAAGGGUUUGCUUGGCACUGGUAAAGCAGCCAACGCUCAAUAUUUAUCUUCGGAUGCCAAAUCAAAUCCUGAAUAUGUUUUAUUUAACAAUGGCAAAGCUUGGUGCACUGGAAAAUCCCCACUUAACCAGCAAUAUAUAGAG